CUUGAGAAUAAAAGUGCAAGAACGCCCGUGCACUGCACUCACUGACUAGGCCUUCUAUUCCUAGCAGUGACAGCACCAUGGUUCGCGCUCCAUUAUGUCUGUCACUUCUUGUAAUCCCAACACCAUCACAACACGACCUCGCAACCCCUCAAGGCAAGGUCAACGUGCCCUUGUUCACGGCACCCUUGUCAACACAUGAGUCGGAUGCGACACGGUCUCAUUAGCAGCCACCUCCCUCUACGUGUAAGCUGCUCAAUAGCGCCAUGAACUGAGCCUGAGCCGCACGUCACGAUGCCUCCUCCCGAGUCCCGGCCCCUCCUCCUCCCCCAGAACCGCAAGCUCCGCCACCUCCGUGGGAUUUACCUCCGAAACCUCAGCUUUGUUCGACCCCGAGGCCAGACCUUCGACGAUACCGCCUUGAAUAAGUCAUCGUCCAAGCUUGAAGGCUUCCGCGAUGCCCCCCAGCUCCACCAUGCACUCUCUAGUGACAACUUCCGGCCCAAGGCGCCGCGCCGCCGAAGCACCGCUCUUGCUCAGGCCACCCCGGUCACGCGACAGCGCAUGUUGCAGCUCACCAUCGAUGGUAAGGCCGCAGAUGUCUUCUUUUCGCUGCACUGCGAUGGCGAGGACGAGCCUGUCUACAUUAGCGAGAUGAAGGAGCAUGCCACUAACUUCAACUUCCAAUUCUUCGACCUCAACCACCAUGGUCCCUCGGUCACUCGGUCACCAGUCGUCACCAUCAAGAUCUGGGCGCAUCGCGCAUCAUGGACCCUCUUGCUCCAAGACACUGUCGACCUUCGAAGCCUGCACUUCAUCGGCACCCUCCAGAACCGCAAGUUCCCUCCGAACGGGCUCAUUUUCCAUCUUGCCGACGGCAUCUACUCGCUCGAUUUCCUCGGAAAGUCUUUCCAUCCGAAAUACGUCCCGCCGCUCCAUACAUCCUCUUACAACGCGCUCAUGAAACUCUCAACGUUGGACACCUCGAUCCAGGACGCCAUCGCGACACAAGAGCAGCUGACGGCUCAAAUCAAUAACAUACUCGAAGAUACGCCCCAUAACGAGACGCCUGCCGCUGAAGAAAAGGUGAAGCUGGCCAACAAAUACGUGGCGCAUGAGCUGCGGGCUCUAAAGGCUGCCGAAAAGCGGCGUGAAGAGCUGCGCGCGUCGCUCCAAUCGCGGAGGAAGGCCAUCGCCCAGGGUCGUGCCUUGCAGGAUAAGCUCGCAAAGGACAUCCUUGAUGCAACAGAGCAUCUGGAAGCAUCGAAGGCGGUGCUGGCUAAGACGAAGGAACAAAUCCGCGGGCAACGCCGACGCAUCUGCACCGACCUUAGCAACAUCUACCAGAUCACACCAUGCCCCUCGGGCACUCCGCUAUCCUUCCAAAUCGCGGGCCUUGCCCUUCCGAAUACGACAUAUGACACUGCCACCUCCCGCGGCCCGGACGACGACCUCUUGUCCGGGGCCCUGGGCUACGUCGCCGCGUUGACGAACGCUCUGCAGUAUUACCUUUCUGUACCGCUACCAUACCCCGUAACGCCAUUCGGCUCACGCUCGUCUAUCCGCGACGACAUAUCCCUGCUCACCGACCUCAACUCGACGCAGGCAGCCCGUCAACGCGACUUCCCCUUAUACCUCCCCCGAGGCGGCUCUACCGCAGCGCAGUAUCGAUUUGACUACGGCUGGUUUAUCCUCAAUAAGGACAUCGAGGUCCUCUGCGCAAGCCAAGGGCUGAAAGUUGUCGACAUCCGCCACACCCUGCCGAAUCUCAAGUACCUCCUCUACGUCUGCAGCGCUGGAAGCGAUGAGGUCCCCGAACGCAAAAGGGGCGGUGUCCGCGGUCUCUGGGCCGGCCGGAUAAGAGGCCGCAUCUCUUCGUCAGCUGUCAUGGGCGGUGACGGGGAUACGAGCAGCAUCGGCGGCAGCCGCCGCGGUAGCACUGAUAGCGAGGUGCUCAGCCGACAGCGGGACGAGCUCCGGAGGGCCAUGACUGUCCGCGAGGGGGCCGAAUCGCCUGUGGACAAAAGCCCCCACCACAAUGGCAACGGUGGACCCGCGGGGCUACCAUUCGACGAGGUCAACGUCUCGUUAAGGACCAAGGGUAUGAGGGAGAACGCGGGUAAGUAAGCCAUAUGCACAUGCACAGGCGCAGUCGCCAGGAGUUGGACACGAGAAUAAAAAACCAGGAUGGGCAAGAGUUGAUUAGGUUACGUGGUUUCAUUGUUGAGAUACCCCGGCGUGAAGUCGCCGCCAUAAUAAAAUGCUAAUCCUGUAAUCGAGUCUUGUUGUCAGGGGUGGGGAAUCGCCUUUCUCCUCCCAGUCGUCAACCUCAACGCCUCAUGUCUCCCGCCCGAAUUGAAUAAAUCCGUACCUAGUCCCUCUUUUUGCCUGGAUGCCAAUGCCAUGAAAAGAAAGAGCCGUUCUUCCGUUCAACGCCGCAUGAAAUGAAAAAGAAGGGGGG